AUGGCCUCGUGGAUUUCCUUAAGUAGCAUUCGAUGCAGCAGAUUUCCUCCAUCCCAUCCCAUCUGGCUGACUCCGCACGGUCAACAGGACUUCUCACCCUGGGGUCAUUCUGCAGUCCCCAUGGCUCCAGCUCUCAGCUUCCAUGGACACCAGUGGACUUACAACCCUGUCCGAGGGUCCUGCCUGCUCCUGCUGCUGGUCCUGUCAAAUCUGCUCCUGUGCCAAGGCAACUUAUGCCCGUCCUGCGGUCCUGAUGUGUUUGGCGUCCCUCUGAAGUUCCUUAGAACAACGUUUAGCCGUGUCUCCAGGCUGUCCCAUGACAUGCAUAAACUUUCCACAAGAAUGUACAAUGAGUUUGAAGAAAAGUAUCCCCAGAUUAAAUUAGAGUAUAUCAAUGCCACCAAUGACUGCCACACCAAUUUCCUCCAUGCUCCUGGAAAAAGAGCAAAAGCCCAACAGAUGAACAAUGAAGACCUUACUAAGUGGAUACUCAUGUUACAGUACCUCUGGACUACUCCUCUGGUUGAUCCAGGCAAUGAGAAGCAGAUUGAGAAAGACCUCACAGAUGCUAUCAAUACAAAUGCUUUAGAGAAUGCUAAAAAAUCAUUAAAACUUCAAAAAAUCUUAGAGAGGCGAUUCACCCAGAUUAUUCGUCCAGUCAGGGAGAAGGUGUCCGAGUUUCGCAUGUACUGGUCAGGAUACCGAGACCUUGUGUCCAGCGAUGAAGAUGUACGUCAUUCUGCACUUUAUAACCUGUUCAAGUGCCUGCGCAGUGAUUCACGUAAAGUUGACAUGUACAGCAAGAUCCUGGCGUGCCGAAUCAGCGAUGAGUGCUAA